UUCGAAGAAGUUUUGGAUCUCAAGUAGCAAUUUUCCCGUAAAAACAAAAUAAUGUUUUGUGAACACCGAGGAGAGACGACGGACGGAUAAUCGAGGCGACAACAACAAUGGCCUUCUCUUCUAAUCCUCUCUCUCUCAGCGUUCCCGAUCCUGCUUUCGAAUCUUGGCUCCGAGACUCCGGCUACCUCGAGCUCCUCGAUCACCGCACCUCCGCCGCAGCCGCAGCCGUAGCCGCCUCGACCUCCGCCUCAUCAUCAUCAUCCUCAGCUGCCGCACCUUCUUCGGCGUCUGACGAUGUCGUUUCCUCCAUAACCGGCGGCUUCUUCGCAUCUCUACUGUCUCGAAUCGUCACUGUCUCUUCUCUUCUGACGAUCAAUCCCUUCUCCAAGCUCUCCGCCGAUGACUUUUCAGGCGACACGCCUCCGUGGACCACUGGUUUCUUUGGCACGUGUGACUCUUAUUCGUUCCCGUCGUCUUCUCAGCAAGCGAGAAUGAGAGUCCAUGAGAACAUCAAGCGAUUCGCCAGGAAUUACGCCACGCUCUUCAUCGUCUUCUUCGCUUGCGCGCUGUAUCAGAUGCCACUUGCAUUGGUGGGAUUGUUAGCAAGCUUAGCCCUUUGGGAGCUGUUCAAAUACUGCAGUGACCGAUGGAAGUUCGAUCGUCACCCUUCCGUUCGGAAGCUCUGUAUCGGUAUUGGACAGUGCGCGACUGCAGUUCUUCUGACGUUUUUGAAUGUCCAAAUGGCUCUUUUCUCUGCUCUUGCAGUCAGUUAUUCAGUUAUGAUAUUACACGCCGGGUUCAGGAAGCUCACCCCCUCCAAGAAACCAUCUCGAGGAAGAUAAACCGAAUCAAAAGCGACUACCCACAAGAGUUUUGGAAUUUGCAUUGAGAUUCAUCAGCAAUUUUGGUAGCCAAGAGAUGUAGUAUGUGGUAACUCAAAGACGGAGAGAGACAAACAACAACAACAACAGCAGUUAGAGGGUAGAUUAAGAAAGUGUGAAUGUUAGAUAUCAUAUCAACUCACAAAUUGUAAUAAGUAAAAUGGAAAAGUUUAUGAAUGGUGAGAAACUGAGGAUACAGAUUUUACUUUUAAGUAAAUGAUAUAUUUUUAUAUACUUUUUUUCUUACCUCAAAAGAAAGUACGAUUUCGUACAGCUCUACUUAUAUAUAUCCCUAAUUUUUUUACACUUCGAGUUUUCUACACAUAUUAAUGUAUGACAACAUUUAUUCGUGUCUUAUCAUCCUGAUGACUGGUUUUGGCCUUCAACAGUUCCAUCCUCACCCACAGCUACAUUCUCUUCACCUCCUUCAUCAUUAUCUACAUUCUUGGGCUUGCUCGCAUCUCCACUCUCCUCGGUGGCUACAUCGAUGGCUCGUUUCAAUCCAUCUUUAGCUGAAUCCGCCGCAUGACUCAUUGUGACAUUCGGAGCCUUGCCAUCUGUAGUUGUCCCCAUCCCUUCUUGCUUUGACUUGUCUCUUCCGUUGUUUCCCUGGGAUGAGAAGUAACGAGAGAUAGUGACGGGAAUGACUCCAUCAGCAACAACAGAUCGAGUAGUGUUGUUGUAAUCCCUGUGUAAAGAAGCAGCUCUGUAUAUAUUUAUGGUUCCUCUCUUAGCUAAAAACAUAGCCGCCAUUUUUUCC